GAUCUGCUCAUAGCGAAGUACAAUGACCACCAGUUCGGACGUAUUGGCCUUGUUACAGCGACCGCUGGAACCUACCUUCUUUCCCAAAGAUGAUGGCAAAACCGUGAUGGAACUGCCGGAACGGUAUCUCUCCGACCGGUAUCGACCUAUUGGUGCCGAUCUGCAGAGUCGUUUCGGGGACAACGUGGAUGUGAAAAUUCCGGUACGCGACGUUGGUAUUCCGGAUAUUGCGUUCGCAGAAGUGAUAGAUCGCCGGGGAGCAUUUUCGGUGUUCAUUCAGAAGCAUCGGGAGAUAGCGGCACAGUUGAUCGAGUUGUUCCUGAGGCAGCCGGACAUUCCGUCACUAAUAGGAGUUGCUUCCUAUUGUCGUGAACGGUUGAAUGUCUAUCUGUUUCAGUACGCGUUUGCAGUGGCCGUGCAGCAUCGUGAGGAUACGAAUAACGUAAACUUGCCAUCGAUUUUGGAACUGUUCCCGGAUCAUUUCGUGGAUCCCGCUGUGUUUCCAAAGUUACGUGAAGAGGGAAGGGUUGUUUCGCAAGCUAACAGGGUGGCUAUCGAUAUACCGAUGAAUUAUACGGCUUCGGACCGAGAGAACGAACAACGGCUGGCAUAUUGGCGUGAGGAUAUUGGAGUCAAUUUGCAUCACUGGUACUGGCAUUUGGUGUAUCCAUCGGCAGGUCCUAUGGCAGUCAUCAACAAGGACCGUCGAGGAGAAUUGUUCUUCUAUAUGCACCAGCAACUUAUUCAUCGUUACAAUGUUGAAAGAUUCAGUAAUCGGCUAGGAAAGGCAAAAUCUUUCCACAACUUUCGGGAACCAAUUGCGGAAGCAUAUUUUCCUAAGAUGGUUAGAAGUGCAGAUAACCGAGCUUACGCGGCACGUCCGGAACGAGCCACAAUGAAAGACAUCGAUCGAGACGUCGAAGGUUUGAAGUUCACAAUUUCCGAAAUGGAACUGUGGCGAGAUAGAAUCUAUACGGCGAUCGAUUCUGGAUUUGUAGUCGAUAAAUCUGGAAAAAAUAUACCGUUAGAUGGCAAAACUGGAAUCGAUAUUCUAGCAAAUCUGUUGGAAGCAUCGGAUUUAUCCAUCAACCCAGCGAUGUACGGCAAUCUGCACAUCUCAGGGCACAUCGCCAUUGCUUACUGUCAUGAUCCUGAAAAUCGUUAUCUGGAGCCUUUCGGUAUCAUGGGAGAGUUAUCAACGGCGCAACGAGAUCCUUCCUUCUACCUUUGGCACUCUUUUGUCGAUGAUGUAUUGGUGCGCCACAAAGAUUUGUUAGAUCCCUAUACGGCGGCCGAUCUUUCUUUCCCUGGAAUUACCGUCACAAAUCUCAACGUAGCUUUGAAUCGCGCGAAUGUUGUACCAAACGUUCUGCUGACAUAUUGGCAGCGUUCGCAGGUGGAUCUUGCCGCCGGAUUAGAUUUCGGACCGAAGGGAAAUGUGUUUGCUUCGUUCACUCAUCUGCAACAUGCACCAUUCGUGUACAAUAUCGAAGCUAACAACGGCAACCGAAGUCCGUCUCGAGGAACAGUUCGUAUUUUUAUGGCACCGAAAACGGAUGACCGCAAUACGAUUUUGAAGUACGACGAAUGGAGACGUUACGUCAUUGAGCUGGACAAGUUUGUGGUUACUUUGAAACCGGGAGCAAAUAACAUCACUCGACGCUCCAACCAAUCCAGCGUGACGGUGGCCUACAAUCGAACGUUCCGUCAAAUCAAAACCGAAGCUCAAAUUCCCAACAAGAGCGACUUGGAACAGUUCCGUUUCUGUGGAUGUGGCUGGCCAGAACACAUGCUACUGCCGAAGGGUACUGCAGAGGGGAUGGUAUUCGAUCUGUUUGUAAUGAUCUCAAACUAUGCUGGCGACAGCAUUGGUCAGGAGUUUGAUGAGAACAUAAACUGCAAUGAUUCACACUCCUUCUGUGGUUUGAGAGAUAAACUCUAUCCGGACGCUCGAUCAAUGGGUUUCCCAUUCGAUAGGAAAUCUCCUGCGAUGGUGCACACUUUGCAGCAGUACAUGGCUGCCAACUCGAAUAUGCGUGCCACGGAUGUAACCAUCAAGUUUAGAAACACUGUAAUUGCGAGAACAUGAUAGCACCGAAAAAAUGUUUUUUCAUGGAAUCUUCUCUAAUCGGUCAAGUAAAUGAUAAUAAACG